AGAUUUUCAGUUUUGCAUUGCCCAAUCAUAGACCUAAUUCAAACAUAUCUUGAAAUAUGGCGGCAGUUGCCAUGCUUCGCCCACUUGUCAGGGCUCCCAUUAGGGGACUUGCAAGAACAUAUGCCACUAUACCAGCGAAGGCUCAUCAUCGUGUCGUGGUAGUUGGAGGAGGAACUGCUGGUGUAACAGUCGCAGCUCAGUUACAACGAACUCCGGAGUUCGAAAAUAAGGAUAUAGCUAUCUUAGAUCCAGCACAGACGCACCAUUAUCAGCCGGGAUGGACACUUGUCGGCUCAGGCCUAAGAUCCCUUGAUGAUAUGCAUAAGCCCCUUUCCAGCGUGGUUCCAAGGGGUGUUAAGCACUAUCCUCUACGAGUAUCUACUUUUGACCCCAAAAACAACUCGAUCAAGACAUCCGAGGGAGUUGAUGUCUCGUACGACUACCUGGUUGUUGCUCCAGGCCUUGAGACAAACUUUGCCGGGGUAUCGGGUCUAGAGGAAGCCCUACAGGAUCCUGCUAGCCAAGUAUCAUCUAUCUAUUCAGAAAAGACAGUUGAACAGGUCUGGAGAAAUAUUCAGUCAUUCAAAAAGGGUCCAGCCAUCUUCACUCAACCUGCUGGCGUCAUAAAAUGUGCCGGUGCCCCUCAGAAGGUCAUGUGGAUGGCCCUUUCACAAUGGAAGCGGGAUGGUGUGCGAGACAAUAUUGACAUUACUUUCGCAACUGGCGGUCCUUCCAUGUUUGCUGUUCCCAAAUAUUCGCAAGCCCUUGAAGAAUUACGUAAGCAACGUAAUGUCGAGGGUUUCUUCCAACAUAACCUCGUGAAGGUAGACCCGAAGAAAAAAGUUGCGACAUUUAAAAAUUUAGCUGAGGGUGCUCAAGGGGCUCUUGUAGAGAGAGAAUUUGGUUUCCUCCACGUCGUACCACCGCAGAAGCCUUUUGAUUUCGUUGCCAAAUCAGAGUUGGCUGAUGCGGCAGGAUGGGUCGACGUUGACAAGUCCACAACCCAACACACGAAAUUUAAGAAUAUUUUCUCGCUAGGCGAUGCAUCUAGUCUCCCAAAUAGCAAGACGGCAGCUGCCAUUACCGCACAAGCGCCAGUCUUAAUAGAUAACCUACUUGCGGCUAUGAAAGGCAAGGAGCUUAAAGCUUCAUACGACGGCUAUGCAAGCUGCCCGCUCCUUACUGGCCACAACGAACUUAUGCUCUGUGAGUUUAAAUACGGCGGAAUACCUAAGGAGACCUUUGCAGGCAUACUCGGAGGCCAGGAGUCACCUAGUAGGCUAUUCUACCAUUUGAAGAAGGAUUUCUUCCCAUAUGUAUAUUGGAGCCACUUCCUUAACGGCACUUGGUACGGACCGAGUGCAUUUUUCAAGCCCGAUACCACGGUUAAGGCUUAAGCUCAAGCACGUCUUAACAACCUCAAAGAGAUAGACAAUUAGAUCAUGUAUAUAAACCUGCUGUAGAUACCACGUCAUUUUGUUCGCAUCAACGAAUCAUAUCAGGCAUUUUAUCAACUUUGCACGUAUUUGGAACUCGAGUUACUAUGCAAGAUGAAC